UUAUUGCCAUGCAAAUAUUUGCUUUUUCUCAUUAUACAAACAUAUUUGUAAUUGAGAAAACGGGCAAAAGAGACUUUAUAUGAUUAUGAAAAAGCCGCUAAACUUGUCAAAUAUUCUACUGCUAACAAGACUAAGUGUGGAACAAUUUAGAUGUCUGUUUUCGAUAGUUUUGACAAAGUGUUUAGAUUGAAUAGAGUGAUUUUAUAUUGAAGCAUUCAACAAGAGAAAAGAAUUUGCGAAGGUACGUUAACCUAGAAACGAUUAAUUGGACAAAAGUGAUAAAAAUGAAACUAGUGCGGUUAUUAUGACAAUGGACGAUUUAUUUCAAUCAAUGUAUUAAGUAGACUAAUAAUAACAAUAUAAGCAGUUUAUAUUGUAUCUGUUAUUUUGUGGGGAAAUAAUAACAGUAAUUGAAAGAAUUUUUCUGUGAAAUUGAAUUUUAAAAAAUGUCUGGUGAAAUAAAUACCAAGGAAACGGAUUCCCCAAAACGGGAAGAUAAGCCUGCCACAAAAUCGUUCUCUAUAAAUAGUAUUCUAGCACGUGUGGAAAAGGAGAAGGAAAAGGAACAAUGUGCUGAUAACAGAGAUGAUAAUAAUGACGUAGAAGCCGAAAUUAAGACAGAUGAGGACAUUCCAGCUGUAGUUUCUAAAAUAGACUUUCCCAUUUUCCCGACGGCUUUACCGAAAGGGUUUUCAGGACUACAGCGCCCCGGCGACGGCGGGCUUCUGCCACUUGGACAUCUGCCGGCGUGGUACCAUUGGUAUGCCAGUCAACAGAAUCUACAACAGUGGCAGAAUAAUCACCGGAAAUCAUGGAAUACUGACUCCACUCACAGUUUACCACCGGCCGAUUCAGACGACGAUGACGUCACGGUUGACAAUGCGCAGACAAAAACAGGAAGUGAUCGGGACACAUCUAACCAAUCACCUAUUGUCAUGGAAACUGAAGAAACAGAGGCACUUUCAAAAUCGUUAACUAAUGAUGACCACUGUUCAGACUCUGGGGAUGAUGAAAAGAAAAACAGACGUAAAAAGAAAACGAGGACGGUCUUCUCUCGCAGUCAAGUUUUUCAGCUGGAAUCUACGUUUGACAUGAAAAGAUAUUUAUCAAGUUCAGAAAGGGCCGGCCUUGCUGCAUCUUUACAACUUACAGAAACGCAAGUGAAAAUCUGGUUUCAAAAUCGUCGGAAUAAAUGGAAACGUCAGCUGGCUGCAGAACUUGAGGCAGCCAAUAUGGCACACACAGCUGCGCAUAGGAUGGUGCGCGUGCCAAUAUUGUACCAUGACACCGCUUCCGGUCAUGGGAGCGGAAGUGACAGCAGAUCUGUGAGAUUGGGAGCGUCUUUAUUUCGCGACCCUUUGUUUCUUUCAAACAAUUAUUCACAAAUAUGUAGGUGAACAUAAGUGUACAUUUCUCAUCGACAAUCAUAAUAAGGAAAGUGCUGUACAAAUAUAUUUCAUGAUGAAUUUAUCGUUGUGUUCUUCGGUUAUCAGAAAUCAUGUCGGAAAAGCAUCCAGUACGUAAAUAUGGUCUGUCAGCAACUUGUGUAUGUUGUCUUUGUUCUCCGUUUUAACAACACCGAGAGUGAAAAGAAAUCAUACCAAGUAAAUAGCCCAUGUCAAGUGCAGAAAAAGGUCAGACCAGUUCAAGAUUUUUCUGAAAUAUUUGAAAAAUGACCUAUGUAUGGAUAUUACAUUUAAAUGUGAUAUCGUAUAUCCAAAUGAAAAAAAAAGAACAGAAAAAGCUGAACAAAUGAUGACCAAAUGGAAUCUGGAAUUGUCAUUUAUCAGAUAUUAUGUGAAAGCAUAUAGGACUGCGAUAGUCUAAUGGAUACUGAUCAGGAAAGCCUGGGAAUAAAUAUGGUUCCCUUUGACUCUGUAUAUGUAUUUGCACAUCUUCGUUUGGUGUUCUGAUUAUUUUAUCAAAAUAAUUUGUAUGUGCAUAUUGUUAACGCAGGCACAGUCCAAUUUAGGAUUAUAGUCUUCGUUCUUACCAUUUUAAAAUAUAAUCAUUUGUAUAAGCUUGAAAAUGCGAUGUGAAAAAGUAAGUAACAAGCCAAACAUUUUGAGUACUUUAUACCGUUAAUGUGUCCAAUUUUGAACCAGACAUUUAUACUUAAAUAUGUUUUGAUACCAAAUCGUAUCAAAAUAUUUUAGAAUCCCAUUAAACGAAUGCAAACAUAAUCUUAAAAUGAUAUACCUACUGUAUGAUCAAAGGGUUUUCCUUGAUUUCUGUGCAAACAUAAGGCAAUACCUUUGAUAUUAUACAUUAUUCCAAAGUACUUCAACGGAACGGGGAAGGGGUGGAAUGGAGGUGAUAGCACAUCCUACUAACACCCUUACACCCUCGGAGAUUUUUAGAAUGAUAUACAAUUUUUAUCGGGAUCUCUAGAAAUAUAGUCAAAAUUCACGAAAAAAGGCAAUUUUAGGCAAUUUUAGAAUGUCUGUCUACUGGGCCGCUCUAAGACCAAACUUCUCUUAAAAUAGCCAUGUUAUAUCGCAGUUAAGAUCAAGAGUUAUUUAAUUAAAGGUGUAACAAUAUGAACAUGCGAUAAUGUUACACUAUAGGAGGGUGUUGUCCUCCCAAAUGUAUUUAUCUCAGUGUUACGCAAAAUGCAAUCAGCUUUUACAUGCAUGUAAUAGUAGAAUUUUGCAACAGGCAUACAGUGUGUCAAAUCGAAUACAUGUACACUAACUAACGGUGUAAAUAGGUAUUCGAUUUUCAUGUAAAAUCACCAGAGUAAAAGUGCAUAUUAAAUUGUAAAUAUUAACCUGAAUACAAAAAAAAUUGUUUAUUUUACGUGAUCAUGUUUAAGAUAGAACACAAAUAACUUAAAGUUUGAAACUUUAAAAUUAUUAUUACCGUACUGGACCGAUAACGACAAUCCGAUCACGUAUUCUUUGGCAUUCUCCGAAUGUAAAGAAAAAGGCAAUUUUCUGAAAUGGCCGAAGGAUACCGAAAUAACACACGUGAAUACGUAAUCGAAAGUGGUUAGGGGUCCAUUACCUUAAGGGUUCAGAUUGAAUUGAGCAGUUCAUUAAUAUUUUGUAAAUGUUUUAUAGUGAAAAUGUAUAAAAUUGUUGUAUGUGAUUGUUGACAUUUAAUGAAUAAAAG